AUGGUAUUCUUCAAUUACGCUCAAACGAACUCCUGGCACGACACUCCCGCCGGCCUGGUCGAUGCAGGGGCGACGCGCUCGCUGAUGCAGAUGGUCGCAGACGCGUAUGUAGGUGCGCUCGUCGUGUGGGAGGAAAAUGAAAUCAACAGGCUUGGGAAUCUGGAGCGAGCUGCCACUCGCAGCGACGAGCAAUCACGACGAAGCAAAGGAGGCGAGAACGGAAAAGGGAAAAGAAAGCAGAGCGUUCCAGGUGAGGACCCCUUCGACCUCGGACCGAACGAAGCCCAGCGAAAGGUACUCGAUUGGCUCGUGGAGGCGCGCUACCUCCCGUCUCCAUCCCGUUCUCCUCCCCUUUCCCCUUCCGUAAACACAAUUCCAACCUACGACGAAAACGAGCUAGAAGACAUCUGGGCCAACCUCCCACAAACGCCCACGAAAGCCAAAGCCCAACGACAAAGAGGAGGGUGGAACUCGCCUUCUACCAGCUCAAGUACCCAGCCGAAGUGUACACCAAGCAAGGCAUCUGCAUCAACCCUUCCGUCCCCCUUCUCGCUGAAGCUGCUCAAUCAACGGCCUGCCACACCCCGCUCGCACUCAACCCCGUGCCCAAGCUCGGACCCAAAAAAUGACAAUAACACGAGCGCUUCGCCUUGGAGGCUGGCCCUCUCCCGCUCGAACACUUCCACCUCGGCGAAAACCCUCCCGGCGUCGUUCCCGGUGCCAGGCUCGCCGUCAAUGUCGCCCAAGAAGAUGUGGGCAGCGCUGAAGACGCGCGUGCGCAUGCGCGAGGGGUUGAGGUCGGCGCCGGCGCUAGCAGUAGCUUUGGAGGGCUUGACGGAGGAAGGGGUGGCUGGUAUUGUAAAUGCACGAUUGCCCGAACCGCCCGCGUCGCCUUCGCCUGCUCCCAGGAGGACGGCGAAGAGGAGAAAUACGACGGCGGCGGUGGAAGCGCGAGCGGUGGAUGGGCCAGAGGGUGUUGGUCUGUUUCCCGAGGCUGCGAGAGUGAGUGUAAGAGCAGAGACAAAGACGAUGGGAGGGCCGGCUGAGCUCAGGCCACGCCGCUUGGCGCCUCCGCCUCCCCCAUCUCCAGCUGCACGAACCGUCAGUGGAAAGAUACUACCUCUCCGCGAUCUUAGGUCCCAAGGGGAGGGCGAAGGCGUGGAUAUACCUGGAGGCAACACGCCGACGCGCGACGCGCGGCUGGGACUUGGGCCUCAAGCGCCCAUAAACCCCAAACUCAACGCUCAAUUCCCGAUCGUCGUCGAAUGCUCAUCGCCGACACCGUGUACUCGCUCGGCCCGGCCUUUCCUUCCUCAUCCCAGCACACCCAAAACACCUAUGUCCUCUCUGUCCAUGCCGAGCUUGCUAUCGGCGACACCAUCGGACUACGAGUCCCCCUUCUCCCCUUCCCCUUCCCCUUUCCCUUCCUCCGCCUUAUCCUUUUCCUCCUCGCUGGCCUCGCCACCAACCUUCACCCUCACCACCACCUCGCCGCCCCGCGCCCGCCCCACCUCAGGUCCGGAACGGCGCCUCAAUAACAACAACAUAAAUAAAAAGAAAAAGGAAAAGGAAAACGUAAAGGAAAAGGAAAAGGAAAAGGAAGAAGAAGACCCCGUGACGCUCUGGACCCUGUUCGUCCUCACAGCUUUUGGGUACCUGGCGUUUUUCGUGUUCUUCGCGGUGUGUUUGUGCGUGGGCGUGUGGAGGAUGGUUGGGUGCUUUGGGACGAAGGAUGAUGAGGAUUAA